GUACAUACGUGCAACCUUGAACCUAUGCUAAAACUCCACUUUUCUUCUACAUGUGACAAGCGAGUGCAAGGAUUUGUACAAUUUAUUCCAAAUUUUCAUAUUCCAUACUGACCGAAAACAAACAAUACUGAAAAUGUCCGUCUUCAAAAAACUCCCGAUCGACAAAGUGGACUUGAAGGGAAAACGAGUGUUGAUUCGAGUGGAUUUCAAUGUCCCUCUCACGAAAACAGCUCCCAUCACGAUUACCAACACCCAACGGAUCACUGCCGCCCUGCCCACAAUUAACCACGCCCUGGCCACGGCCCGCUGUGUCAUCCUAGCGUCGCACUUGGGACGACCUGAUGGAUUUCCGAACGAGAAAUACACGCUGAAACCGGUCGCGGAGGAGUUGGAACGUCUUUUGAAAACCAAAGUCCACUUUUUGAAAGACUGCGUUGGAGACGAGGUUGAACAAUUCUGCUCUACGGCGAGUGGUCUUGUGCUGCUGGAAAAUUUGAGGUUUCAUCUAGAGGAAGAGGGCAAAGGGGUGGAUCCAAAGAGUGGAGAAAAGGUGAAAGCCACGGCUGAUCAAGUAAAGUCUUUCCGUGCUUCGUUGAGGAAGCUUGCAGAUGUUUAUAUCAAUGACGCCUUUGGAACAGCCCACAGAGCUCACAGUUCCAUGAUGGGGGAUGGCUAUGAAAUAAGGGCUAGCGGGUUCUUGCUGAAAAAGGAACUAGAUUAUUUUGCAAAAGCAUUGGAUCAGCCAGAACGACCCUUUCUCGCCAUCCUGGGCGGAGCCAAAGUCGCUGAUAAAAUUCUACUGAUUGAAAACCUAUUGGAGAAAGUGGAUUCCAUGAUUAUCGGAGGUGGAAUGGCAUUCACGUUUUUGAAGGUCUUAAAUGGUGUUGAGAUUGGCAAUAGUUUGUACGAUUCUGAAGGAGCCACUAUUGUGCCCAAAUUAGUGGAGAAAGCAAAGGCUAAGAACGUAACGAUUCAUCUACCCAUCGACAUGACGAUAGCAGAUGCUUUCUCCGCAACGGCAAAUGUCGAAAGCGUAAAAGCUUCUGAUGGGGUUAAGGCAGGAUGGAUGGGGUUGGAUGUUGGCCCGGAAAGUGCCAAAUUGUUUGCUGAUGUCGUCAAAAGUGCAAAGACUAUUGUCUGGAACGGGCCAAUGGGUGUUUUCGAAUUUGAAGCAUUCGCUGCUGGAACCAAAACUGUGAUGGAUGCAGUAGUAGAUGCUACAAAAUCAGGAACUGUUUCUAUCAUUGGUGGCGGAGACACUGCGACAUGCUGCGCUAAAUGGGGGACUGAAGAAGCUGUCAGUCAUGUUAGUACAGGUGGUGGUGCAAGUUUGGAGUUAUUGGAAGGAAAAGUCCUUCCGGGAGUGGCAGCAUUGUCCGAUGAUGCUUAAAUUCCACUUCAUAAGUCUUUAUGUUGGAUGAUUAUUAUAGUAUCAUUAAGUAGUUAACCAGACAAUAAAGGGCCCUUAAGAAUGUAAUUGCAAAUUAAA